AUGUCAGCCGACGCCGGAGACCACCAACAAGUCAAUGGAAAGGUAAGGAUAGUAUCACUAACAACGUCUUCUAGCCCAAAGAUAUCCAUACCAAAUGCCUCUUCUGCGCUAGCCGUCACCACUACUCCUGGGAUUGCUUCCGGUACGAAACCCCCUAUCAGAAGUUCUGCAGAGUCCAGAUUCUCGGGCUCUGCUUUAGGUGCUUCGUAACCGAUUUGGCAAGGGAAUGCCCAAAGCAUAAGGAGCCGAAGCCGGAGGAGAAAACCAUCAACAGAUCCAAGAUAAUGGAAUGCCCGAAGACAUAUAUACCAAAUGUCUGUUCAGCGCUAGCAACCACCAUUACUCCUGGAACUGCAUGA